GGCCAGAGGCGGGUCAAAGAAGAGUGCUGGCGACGCCUUAGAACCUCGGGCGGCGGCUGCAGCUACAGGUACUGCGCAGGUCACCGCGUCCUACCCAUCUGGGCAUCUCAAUCCCGGCCCCGAGAACCGAAAUUUUCAAAGUGCGCCUAACUCGGAACAUCCAGGCCUCCGCGCCCGAGAGCGGAGUCCUGGGGUCACCUGAAUCUUAGGGCUACGUGCUCGGGGAGCCGCAGAGCCAGGGCACCGAGGGCUGCCGGGGAGGCAGUGAGGUCCUGGAAACCUCUGGAGCGGAGGACUUGAAGACCUCGGAGCCAGAGAGCCAGGUCCCGCAGGUACCAGUUGAGCAGGACACAGAAAGCCUGGACGGUCCCUAGCUGGACCGCCUGGCACUCGGAUAACGGAGGUACUGGGGCAGUGUCCCUCUCUCGACUCGGAAACCUCCCGGGGUGUUUUCCACCGAGGCCCGCGGCAUCUCACCGGGCGCCUGCGGAACUGCUGAUGGAGACGCCCAUCCAGCGCGAAAUCCGCCGCAGCUGCGAGCGCGAGGAGAGCCUGCGCCGGAGCCGGGGUCUGAGUCCCGGCCGUGCCGGCGAGGAACUCAUCGAGUUGCGCGUGAGGCCGGUGCUCAGCCGGCCCGGCCCCGGCCCCCAACUGCCGCGCGCCCUGGAGCGCGCUCGGGCGGGCGCGAAGAUGCAACGGGACAUCGAACGCGAGGCUCACAGGCAGGCGGCGCUGGCGAGCCCCGCGGCUCCGCAGCCCGGCGCCCGGCGGCGGCCACAGCCGCUGGACGAACUCAAGCGCUUCUUUGAGGCAGCAGCGGAGGACGGCGGGGGCUUGCAGCGGCGGCCGGAGGCGGGAGGCCGGCUCCACCCCGCCGUUCAGGACGGCUGCCCGGUGCUGGGGCAGUCGCCGCCGCUUGUCUCCCUGUCACUGCUGGAGCAGGAGGUGCGCCAGGUGCGCGAGCGCGAGCGGGAGCUGCAGUUGCAGCGGCGCAGCAUCUACGGGGCCGCUGAGGUCGAGGAGCCAGCGCCCAGCCUCACCCCGAGCAGGGGAGACGGAAAGUUGGCGGUGAUCUGGCCCCCGCGGAGACGGGCCUCGGAGAACGGCCUGGACAAGUAGGAGAGCAGACCCUGAGGGCUGCGAAGGCUGGGACACUCGUCCAGAAGUGACAAACCCUUUAAAGAACCAGGGUAGAGUUACCCUCCGGAUCAGCAGAAGGCCUGGAGAGGGAGGAGCCAGCUCUCUUCGAUGGCAACUUGAAAUCCUGCCCAUCCUUGAUACUGACUAUGGAAUUAACCACCUUUCUCCAUUAAAAUUGUUUAGUCUUCACUGGAAAACUAACAACCACCCGCAAAACCUGUGAGUGAAACACAAAAUAAAGCCCCCCGCCCCCCACUUCCUGGGUUUUAAUGCAA